GAGCUGUUGUGAGUCGAGUUUUAUUUUCAGCUAGAAGAUAGCAUUGGUUUGAAAGCUGGAGGGGGGCUGCUGCUCAGACCAACAUGGCUGCCCACCUGAAAUGCCGUUUAUUGGCAAUAGAAGAACUAGGAGUUUAAAAGAUAGAUUAGUCCAUUCAGGUACGAGCGUUUCAGUGGAAUCAACUUCAUAUGUUCAUAUGUGGGUGACUCUUUAAGAGGACACCAUCCGUGCAAACGAUGCCUUGUGUGCUCACAAGCCUUGGGAGUCUCUGAGCUUGUGCUUAAUGAAGGUAGGGCCUGGAGAUCCCCUGGAAUUAUAGCUCAUCUCUGGACUACACACAUCAGUUUCCGUGGAGAAAAUGGCAGCUUCAAAGGCUACAGAAAGCUUCAAACUGACCAUCAAGACAUUGAGACUCCAUUACAGCAAGGGAACAUUUUCCUCCUGUCCGGUUGGAGAGACUCAGCUCGAUUAGGGAGAAAAUGAAAAGAUUUAUGAAACCUGAUAUCCAACUUUUAAAAAUCUGUUGGGCUAAGAUGCCUCCUGUUUGAUUCAUUUUUAACCCUUUCGUUUUUAUCCCUCUGCGCCUUCCUCUGUUUAGGGUUAGGGGAGAGGUUGGGUUUAUGAGAAGGAAAGGGUUGUUUGAUAGUGUGGCGCGUGUAUAUUACAUAUUUAUAAAACCGCAACCAACUGUACAUUAAAAAAAAAUGUAGACUUUCGCCAACGCACAAGGCGAACUUGGCUCUCAACGAGGCGAUAAUAAAAGGAACGGGGGAGGGGGUGAAGCACGUUUUUUAAAGGGGAAAAAGAGGCAAUGAAGAAAGGCAUGAGAGAUACGCACAAAUACGCACGUGCCUCCGGAAGCGCAAGCGCAAAUUCUUCUACCAGCACAGCAAGGGCAAAAGGCGUGUGUGUGUGUGUCCGCAAUCCGUCCGUGUCUCUCUGUGUGCCCCGCCUUAAGCUGGUUAAUACGUUUCCCUGGGAGCUAACCGGAGUCACUAUUGGGAAGGGAGCCCACCAAGGCAGACUCCGCAGAGGAAGGCCACUGCGAACUAUAUCUCUGCUGCUCACUUGCCUGGAAAGCCCCUUCUUGAGACCGCCGUAAAUCGCACGCCAAAAUCUCUGCCCUGCCCUCUAGUGGGCACGUUUGCUGGUGCUGCCGGUUCCGGGAAGCCUCCGAAUGAAAGUAAGCAGGAUCCAGAGCCGGAGAAAGCGGGCGGCGGCGCUCUCUCGACUUCAGAAUGGCUCGCUGGAGCCUGGCUGCGCUGGCCCUCCUUUCCGUCCGCCAAGCCCUAGGUGAGAUGCUCCUACCACCCUCUCGCAAGGUGACCCUUGUGUCAAAGGAUUUCAGUCUGUUUUUGACUUGGCUACCAGGGAUUGGUUACCCACCUGGGGUGUUCUACACUGUUCAGUGGACUAAUGUUUAUAGCACCUGGAAGGACUUCCAGCCUUGUAGAAACAUCUCAGAAACAGUCUGUGAUAUAACAUGCGCAUCACCAGACGUUCUCCACAGCUUUGAUGUUCGAGUGAAAGCUCAGGGGAGUGCUGGAACCAUCUCCUCAGCAUGGGUGAAUUUGGAAAACAUUGAAUAUGAAGUUAAUGUGACACUCGCCCCCCCAGCUCUGCAGAUAAGGAAGGUCGGGGACACUGUUGUGGUGAAUAUCGAUUUCUCCUACCCUUUAUGCUUGAAGGACAUAUAUAACGAACUGACCUCUGAUUUGGAAUUUUGGGAAGCUGGAGCCAACAAUAGAAAAAAAAUCAGCAUGAAGAAUAACACAAAGAACUUUGAUGCAACGACUUUCAACGGCAGCAAUUACUGCUUCAGAGCCCGAGCUGUUUUAAACAACGCGCACAGCGACUUCUCUGAGCCGACUUGCGUACAAUUACACAGCAAAGCAGAAACCUGGGCAUUUGCCGCUGUCCCAGUGCCACUUCUGUUCAUCUUGUUUGUUUGCAUCGUCUUUUCUCUCUACCAGUCCAGAAGUAGACCUAAGACUGUCAAAAGCCCCCAAGCUUUGGAUUUUUCCAGCUUUAAAUGUCCGAAGAAGUUCCUGGAAUUCACUGGAAAGGAAUUAAUCAGCGACUUGACAUACUCUGGACACUCUGCUGUAGCAGAAAACUGGAGCAGACUUACAUCUCAGAUACAUUCACAGUUAGUUCCUUCUGUGUUAGAAGAAUAUGAGGAUGAAGAGGAGGAGGAUACUGGUGGUUCCAGACCAUACACCGAAAUGCAUCGAUUCAAGAAGAAUAACACUCACAACCAGAUAGUUGACCUGAGUAAGAAAGAGCCUGAUUCAUGUUCUGAAUCAGACAGUUCUCAGCUGGAUGAAGGCUCCAUGCCAGAUCUAAUGAUGCCCAGGUUCUUUGGGGAGGUGACUUCUGGGUUCCAAGAAGGUGAGACAACUUCGCUGUCUGCGGGAUUCUCUUCAGAGGGAUCCUCUGUAUAUCCAGACAGUUACCCAGUUGCUCAAAGGGAAGGACGAGAUUUGGAUGAGGUUACAGACUUAUUUCAAUUGUCUGACUCUAACCUUCCAACUGGAAAGCUAUUCAUGCCUUCAGAAAGUUUUCAUGAAGCCAGCUUCAGAAUCCCGGGAGACCCACAAAUAUCACUCCUUGGAGUACAAAGUAAUCAGGACUUCUGUGACCUCCUUCUUGAGGAUGAGAAACUAUCUGAAAAUGACUCUUGUGGCUGUGGAAGUCCUGUGGAGGAAUUAUCUCCUUUGAAUGUGCCUUCUAGAGAAGGCUUAAAAAGCAACAUAGUAGGUGGAAACAGGGACUCUAUAGAGGGCAGUUUUCCAGAACCUAAAUCCUAUGGCUAUCAGCCCAGGCCUGUGCAUUAUCUUUCAAGAAUUUUACAGAGGUGACUGAUAUUCUCCUCAAAGUACUUGUAGGAAUUAGACGUUUCCCCUUCAAAACCAGGGUUGCAGAUUUUUGCACUAAAAUGUCCACAUUCUACAAUAAGGACUGGCAAAUACAGUGAAUGGGAACCACAAAUUUAGUGCCUAGCAGAUUUGUUUCAGUUUUAUUCCACCCUCCCCUCAAGGGGGCUAAGGGUGGAUCACAGCAACAGUAUACAAUAAUUUAAUCACAAUAAUGCAAUAAUUAAAACAGUUAAAAACCACAGAAAUUAAAACAGGUAGCUAUCAGUUAAAAUGCAAUCGUCUCAGAAGCUAGAGCCGCUGGGCUAUUAGGGAUCUUCUCAGUCUGGGCCACAUAGAAGUGGAGUACUGCAGCAAGGGAGGCCAACGUGAAUCAGACCUGCGUAGUUUUUUAGUUUCAGGGAUUUUUGGAGUGUAACAAUCAGUAGAGCAUAAUUAGUGUACAUCCUGUAUCCUGUGUUGCUCUCAUCAUUUUCAUUGAUAACAGAAUGUUAACAGAGACACUCAGGGCAACAAGAAGCCACUGAACCUUCUAUAUCCAAAGAAGUGGCAGAUACUAGGGCUGUUAGUAGGUCAAACCCCAUUGCGAUGAAGAUGAGCCUAGAUUGAGGGUAUCAUCUAUAAAGCAGUUAGAAGACUGAGAUAAUCUGAAGAAGAAAUCUAUAAUGGAUGAUGAGAGAACUGGCAAAUUAUAGGAGCUAAAGUGGUUCCAAAAAAGUGGGUUUCCUUUUCCUGAAGGAGGUGGCUUCCAGUUGUUUGUGCUGGCUGCUUUGCAGUUAUUAGAACAAUUAUUACUUUGCCAUUAUUAGAAUAUGGUGCAGUAAUUCUGAGGGUUAUUUUGUAAAGUAAACUUUGAUUACAGUUUCCACUGUCUUAACAGGUUUGAAGAACUGAAAGUUCUCUGUUGGGUUCCAUACUGUCUGUCUUGCUGGUCUGGCUCACUUCCUCCUAUGUUUUCCUGACACACUGGGGUCACUGCCACCCUGACAGAAAAUUUGUCCGAGUCUUCUGAAAAAUUCCAACAUGCACUCGGUUUGUAGUGCUAGAAUAUAGUAGGGCUCUGUCAUUUUGAAGAUGUGUCAGGCUAUUCUAAUCCUCAGACAUCCAUCAAACUGUUCUCAAGUCUAUUUGGCAUCCACGAACCAUGGAACUAUCCAUCCACGAACCAUGUUGACUUUGGCAUGGGAAAGAACAGCUAUGGAUGGCACUCACCUGUAAGCUUAUGGGACAUUCUGCAUUCUGAUUCCGUCCAGACUUCCAACAGCACAAAUUUAUCUCUUUCAUGAGCAAAAUGAGGGUAGAAUUAUUUGCUUUCCCAAAGCUUCAGAUAUGAAUACCAGAACAUCAUAAAAGCUUCAGCAAGAGCCUUUGAGGGUCACUUCAACAUUCCUAUGCAGUUGCCAGGACAACCAACGUGUUUGUGUGUUUGAAGAGUUAUUUAAUUUGAAAAAUCUGUAUAAAAGCUGAUUUCUGGACCCAUACUGCUGCCUGAAAAAAGUAGGAGGAGGAAGAACAAACAGAAGGGAGAUUGCUUUCCUCUCUUACUUCCAGGCUUCUAUUUUUCCAUUCCCUUCCCUCCUUCCACAUUGUUUCAGGAAACAUGGAGGGACAGAGGAGAUAGGCAACAGCGAGGUCAGGGUUCAAGCUGUCAAUAGGUCACAUUCGAUCCAGUGGCUGCCGAGUGCUGAGUUCUGUUCAAGUGUUUAAAAGCUUUCUGUCUCAUGUUAAAUGUUUAUAUCCCUUGUGGGGAUUUUGGAGAAAACAGACCUUCUUUCUUCAGGGUGCUUUCCACCUUUCCUUUGCAUCCUGAAUUUGCCAAGCUGGAGAAGCUGCUGUUUUCUUCCACUCCCACUUGGAGAAUUCAAACAGUGUGUUUUCUGAGGAACAUUCUAAUUCUGUUUCCCCGAAUCCCUCUUGGUGACACUAUUUGGUGUGUUCCUUUUCACCAACAUCAGCAGCUGGUCUGCUACUUGUAAGAAAUCUCAGGUGAAUAACGACAGUUGUAUGUUUGUCUGUAAAGCAGGUUUCCAGAUCCUUGGUGCCUUUUAAAUGUGCUGAAUAAGGAGAUGAGGCAGUUGCAGCUUAUGCCGACAGUUAUUUCCCACUCAGUCCUUCCUACUCCUAGAGAAGGAUAUGCAGAACAGGUUGGAGGGGGCACAUGAAAGGAAAGUGCCAGAAGUGACAAGGGAAACUGGCAGUCUUGUCUCCUGAUUCAGCAGCAGAUUUGAAAGUAUAUUAGGGUGGAAUUUUCCAGGUUGCAACCAAUAGACUGUGUGUUGUGUUGUCCGACUGUGUUCUUUUUCAAAGUGUUCCUAGUGCUCCUGUUUAAAAGUUUACACUGCCACAAGCUAUAUGUUUUUAGUCCCCCAAAAGAGGGAACAAUAAAAAGUUUCAAAACUUCUA